UUAUGUCAUUUAAAGUGUAUGACAUUCAUAUUUCGGUUUAGUUUCAAUUCAACCACAAUGAAGAAGAUUGUAUUACUACUAGUGUCACUUAAUAUUAGUGUUUUUAUCCCUUUCACUAAUGCAAUUUGUUCGAUAAACGAUGACGACGGCUUCAAGAGUUUAAAAUGUGACCACUCGAGUCUGGAUGAAAUUGAAAGUAGCAGAGAAAAAUUUAUUUCGAAUAUAUUUAUUACACUGUCGAAAAUUCCUCAAAUAAGGGAUCACACAUUUUUGCAUUUUGGAUCAAUUGUGAAGUCUUUGUCUCUUCAGAAUUGUGAAAUAGUCGAAAUAGCCACACAUGCCUUCGCAAGCUUAAAUAAUUUGCAAAAAUUAAGCUUGAAUAAUAACAAUAUUAGUCAUGUUUAUUUCGAAUGGUUCUACGAUACUCCGAAUUUAAAAGAACUUGACUUGUCUUUUAACAAAAUCAAAAAUAUUAAGUCUACUGUUUUUCAAUAUUUAUACAAUCUUCGGAAUCUUAAUCUGAAUAAUAAUCAGAUUUCCUGCCUACGACCUGAUGAUUUAAAGCCUAUGAAGAAUUUGGAAAAAAUUCGUUUCGAUGGAAAUUCAUUGCAAUUUACAUGUCGAGGAAAGUUGACCCGAUGGUUAAGGGACAGAGGUAAUCAAUAUACAAGUGAAGGAGAUGGAUUCAAAUACCGAGAGGACUUUCUUGAUAGUUUAAUUUGGAAAUGUGAUAUUGAUCGACAAAUAGCAGACUCGGAACUUCUUAUGAAGGAGUGUGUCUUUUUGAAUUUAUACAAUCAAUUGCAAACGGCCUUGGUGACAUCGUGUUCAUUUCCUUCAUCUGCAUCCGAGUGCGUUAAUGAGAGGAGUUCUCUUGUCCGUUGUAUACAGGAAAGUGGAAAUGGGAACAUCAAUAAUGGAGAGGCUGUUCGUAAAUUGCUUCUAGCAUUGAGGAGUGGCAGUAAAACACCACGUUAUAUCUAAUAAUAAAAUAAAAUAAAAAAAAAGAUAAAUACGAAUAAAAUGAAGUAGGUAUUAAAGUGCCCAAGAGAUACGAAAGGAUUCUCAUUAUGAAGCUGCUUUAUAUAGGACUAAAAGAAAUGUGGAGCGAACCAUUACACAGGAUAUACACUCAUACAGAAAAAAAAGAGAAAACACAGUUUUUCCUCUUUUUACUAAAUUUUCUCUGUGACACUAAAUGUUAUAUAUUGUGCAAAUAAAAUUCACUUUUAUUUUAA